AUGCACUUUUCCACUGCCGUUAUUGCCUCCGUUGCCGCCAUGGCACCGCUUGCUAGCGCCGUUGGCAACGCUAUCGUGACCAACCACUGCCAAUUCCCAGUCUACCUGUGGUCCGUUGGUGGCAGUGUUGGUCCCAAGCAAACCAUCCCGGCGGGUGGCAGCUACACCGAAGCUCUGCACCACGACAGUGCCUCCGGUGGCAUCUCGCUAAAGAUCACCACCGUUGACAACGGUCUAUACAACGGCAGCCCUCAGACCAACUUUGCCUACACCCUGGACCCAGGCACGGUUUGGUACGACCUGUCAGAUGUCUUCGGUGACCCAUUCUCCGGCAAGUCGAUUGUCGUGCGGCCCACAGACACAACUUGCUCGAACAUCUGCUGGGCGCAGGGUGUCAACCCCGGUGGCAGCCAAACAAAGAACUGCAACUCCGACACUAGUGUCAACCUGGACCUCUGUGCAGCCAACUGCUAA